ACGUCGCGAGAGAGAGAGGGGCGUGGCUCGGCAGGCGGAAGUCAGGCAGCUGGCUUUCUCUGGACGGCGAUGACCAUCCACAACCUGUACAUAUUUGACCGGAAUGGGAUCUGCCUUCACUACAGCGAGUGGAACCGGAGGAAGCAGGCCGGGAUCUCUAAAGAUGAGGAAUUCAAGCUGAUGUAUGGGAUGCUCUUCUCCAUUCGCUCCUUCAUCAGUAAAAUGAGCCCCGUGGAUAUGAAAGAUGGCUUCCUUUCCUUCCAAACUAGCAAGUAUAAGCUUCACUACUAUGAGACACCGAGUGGUCUGAAGAUGGUGAUGAACACAGAUCUGAGCGUGGGGAACAUACGGGAAGUCCUUCAUCAGAUAUACAGCACGAUUUUUGUGGAAUAUGUGGUGAAGAAUUCUCUCUGUUCCCUCAAUGAGCCCAUUCAAAGUGAACUUUUCAAAAGCAAACUGGACAGCUUUAUCCGGAGUCUCCCCUACUUCUCGGCCAGGGCUGGCUAAAACCUGCCCAGCAGGACAUGUUGCACUAACCUUGAGCAUCUCUCCAAGCCUCUACAAGGCUUUUGUGCAUCCAGCUUCAACGGUAGAAGACUUCUGCUCAAUAACUGAGAGCUCUACAGCACACUGCCAGCUUUCUCGGGAUUCCCUGACACCAUAGACUAUCGUUGUCUUUACACGUAUGACUGAUACACGUAUGCGGUUGAUCUUCAUGCUUCUCGAAUGAAGAAGAGCAUUCACCGAGCGCAAGAGAGCGCAAGAGUUGUCGAUAGAAGAGGUGCAGUGAUUCAUAAU